AGUCAAAGUUAGUCGAAUAUAUAGAAAAAUAUAAAAUCUAGUCAAACAUUUCACUCGAGAUCACAGACGCAGCUUUAAUAUCAAACAGGAAGUGUUAUCAAGACAUCAUCCGUUUGGUGAGGGAAUUCCGGCAUCAAGAUCCAUGCAAACACGACAGGAUAAAGAGUUGUGUCUGUAACACCGUCAUUCCUGAAAUACCAUUUAAGUUUUAGAAAUGGAAUUUCGUCUGAAGAAUCUCUACGACUUUGACUAAUUAAGAAGGAUGGUCCCUCUUCUUUGUGAGGUCAGGAGCUGGUCCAAGAUCCGUGAGAGACAGGGGUAUGUGGAGAAUAACUUGUGUGGUGCUUUACUUUGGCCUGCUGGCUGUGGAGGGGUCUCUCUCGGAACUAGACGAUCUUAAGGACCGACCGCCAAUCAGAAUUGGAGCUUUCAAUAUCCAAAUCUUUGGGGAGACUAAAUUUAACAAACCCGGCGUGGUCCAGGAACUAAUUAAGAUUCUUUCACGAUAUGAUAUCGUUUUGGUUCAAGAGAUUCGGGACUCCUCUGAAACUUACAUUUACAGACUGGUAGAUGAAGCGAACAACUCCACACGGACAAACGAACCAUUCAGUCUCGUUGUCAGCGAGCGUCUUGGGAGAACUAGCAGCAAAGAGCAAUAUGCAUUUUUAUACAGAGAGAAAUUCGUCAAUAAAGUGGAUGUAUAUCAGUAUGCAGAUCCCUUCGAUAUUUUUCAGCGGCCUCCCUAUGCUGUCAAAUUUCACUCCGAUGUAUUAGAAAUGCAUGAAUUUGGAAUCAUUGGGCUACACACGAGUCCAGAGGACGCCUUUAAAGAAAUCAAUGCUUUAGAUGUCGUCUAUGCCGCAGUAGAGAAAGAGUUUAAUACACCCAAUAUCCUAAUUGCCGGAGACUUGAAUGCAGACUGUUCUUAUUUAAGUCAAUCUAAGAUGACAACACUCUCCAUUCGCAAGGACACGUCCUAUACGUGGCUGAUAAAAGACGCUGAGGAUACCACAGUUAGUGGUACUGACUGUGCUUACGAUAGAUUCAUCGUGAAGGGCAACUCCUUCUUAGAUCACAUUAUUCCAAAUAGUGUCCGUACUUUCUACUAUGACGUUGAGCAUCAAUUACCCGCAGAUCUGGCGUCAGAUGUCAGUGAUCACUACCCUAUAGAAAUGGAAAUUCGAGGAAAGUGUAAUCCAGCAUUGGGUUUUGUAGAAAAUAACUGUGCAAAUGUUCAGCAGACUUACUUUUUGACGUGGCUGGUGGUAACUGGGAUUUUCCUUUCCAAAAUUUUAAGAUUUAAAUUUAUUCAAACGUGGGCCGGAGGAUCAGGACAGGGAAAUAAUAUGGGUAACAGAGUACUUAUGACUAACAUCCCAUCAUUCACGGUAACUGUAGAAGACGAACGGAUAAUUCCAUCCCAAAACUUAAAUUACAUCAGACAUAUCUACCAGAAAACGGAAGAAAAAAUCCCCACCUGGAGUGCGCAGGUCUACAAAAUCGACACUAGAAUGAAUUACGUCAAAGCUACCAAAACGAAUGUUGACGUCACGAAAGCGAUAGAGGAGAUUUUCCAGUUUUACGAGGCAUUUGACCGCGAGAUAUUGAGCCUGGAAAGCAUCGCCUCUGUAUGGAAGCUGCUGGAGGGAUUUGGGAGCUUCAGAGAGCCGUAUAUAUACUGCUUGGAUACACGUCCUGUCUCUGCUGUUGAUCUGACGGUCUCGUGCUCUCUCGUAGAACCACUGAUCUGCAAGAUUGAUGUAUCCAGAUAUCUUGCGUAAAGCGUACUAUGAAACGUUUACAAUUUUUCCUUGAAUUAUAUUCUAUGAUUUUGAUACCUGUUUUCUGAAUGUAUGUACCAUAAUAUGAUUUCUCAUACUCAUUGUGCAUCACGUCCAUGUCAGAAGUUGUUAAGUUAAUGAAAUUUAUGUAUUUUUAUGCCCUCAUAAUCGGAGAUUCGGGGCAUAUAGUAUUUUGGUCUGUCUGUCUGUUUUUCUACAAAACUUACUUUUGGCCAUAACUUUUGAACGGGUUAAUAUAAGAGUUUUCAUAUUCUUGGGAAGACUUUUCCUUUGGUACCAAAAUUCUUUUAUCUCAUGACCUUCACCUCGGUGUUUGACCUACUUUUGAAAAACUUUAACCUUUCAAUGCUUUAUGAAAGAGCUUUCAAUUUUCACACGUAUUCUUUGUGACAAGACUUUCUUUUGGUACCAGAAUUGCUAUCUUGUCGUCAAGACGGGGGCAUCAGUGUUUCACAAACAUAUUUUGUUAUUCGUUAUUAUUACUUUUCCCUUUUUGAUAGUUCAAUAAAAGCUUUACUUUGAAACCCAG